CUUUAGAAUGGAGAUCUCUUCUCAUCAGUCUCACCUCCUGCAACAGUUGAAUGAGCAGCGCAGGCAAGACGUAUUUUGUGAUUGCAGUAUUCUGGUUGAAGGCAAGGUCUUCAAAGCACAUCGGAAUGUACUAUUUGCUAGUAGUGGCUACUUUAAAAUGCUUCUUUCUCAGAAUUCAAAGGAGACAAGUCAGCCAACCACAGCUACAUUUCAAGCUUUCUCCCCGGACACUUUCACAGUUAUAUUGGACUUUGUCUAUUCAGGAAAACUGUCUCUUACUGGUCAGAAUGUCAUAGAAGUGAUGUCAGCUGCUAGCUUCCUUCAGAUGACUGAUGUCAUUAGCGUAUGUAAGACUUUUAUUAAAUCUUCAUUAGACAUUAGUGAGAAAGAAAAAGAUCGCUAUUUCAGUCUCUCAGAUAAAGAUGCCAAUUCUAAUGGUAUCGAACGUUCCUCCUUAUAUAGUGGUGGCUGGCAAGAAGAACGCAGUUCCCCACCUUCUCACGUAAGCCCAGAUCAAGGAACGGGGGCAGUGAGUGGGAAGUCUUGGAAUAAGUACAAUUACCAUUCAGCUUCCCAAAGGAAUACUCAACAACCUUCGGCCAAGCAUGAACAAAGAAAAGAUGCCAUCAAAAAGUCCAAACAUUUGAGGUUGUCACAGCCUUCUGAAGUUGCUCAUUGUAAGUCAAGCAAACGAGAAGCACGAACAUCUGAUGCCUCCAGCCACAUUUCCCAGUCGGGGGAACAAGCACAAACUGAUGCUGAAAUGGACUCAACUCCCGCUGGCUAUCAGUACCGUCAAGGAUCUGACGUCACACAGAGAAGCUUUCCAGUUGAGCUGCCCAGGAUGCGAUUCAAGUGCCCAUACUGCACCCAUGUGGUGAAGCGGAAAGCUGACCUAAAGCGCCACCUUCGUUGUCACACAGGAGAAAGGCCCUAUCCAUGUCAAGCUUGUGGAAAAAGAUUCAGCAGGCUAGACCAUCUAAGCAGCCAUUUUCGAACUAUUCACCAGGCAUGCAAACUAAUCUGCCGAAAAUGCAAACGCCACGUGACUGACCUGACAGGGCAAGUGGUACAGGAAGGAACCAGGCGCUACAGACUCUGUAAUGAGUGCCUUGCUGAAGUUGGCAUAGACAGCCUCCCCAUCGAUUUGGAAGACCAGCAGCUUAUGUCUCCAUCAGAAGGAGAGAAAGAUUCCAGAUGGCACUUGAGUGAAGAUGAGAAUAGAUCCUAUGUGGAGAUUGUAGAGGAUGGGUCUGCUGAUCUGAUCAUACAGCAGGUCGAUGACAGUGACGAAGAAGAAAAAGAAAUAAAGCCCAACAUUAGGUAGCUGUGAUCUGAGCCAACAGAGCUGGCAUGUCUGCGAUUUACAUUGACUUCCUGUGUCUCUCUCUUUCCACGCUCAGAGUCGGUUAACAAGUGUAUUAUACUGACUUAAAAUAAAUGAUCUGACAUAACUUGCAUGCUUUUCUGAACAGGCCAUUGUGUCCAUUCUGAACUCUGUUGCCCUAAAAUAUGUUGCUGCACUGGAAAGCAAGACCUAGCUGGAGUUGGCAUGAUGGAGGAACAAUAAUUAAUCCUCUUACUUUUAUUACAGGAAUACUUUUUUGUCCUCUUAGUAGUGGAAGAUGUACUUACCAAUUUUUUUUCAAAGAAAAUAUUUUAAAUAAAUGUGCCACAACCAAACUUUA